UCACGGAACGCGCGCACGCCGCAACUGUAGCCAUGGAGACGCCGGGUCAACAAAUCUUCCAUGACUACUUUUCUAGGCACUAAGAGAACAGAACAUCCCGGCGGUGAGCAAGAGCAAUAGUGGCAGCCUUAGUAAGAAAUAACAUCCAGUCUGAUUGAACACAGAAAAAAAAAUGUCAACCGAACAAACAAACCAAAGUAUAGAUGUAGCUCAGCAAACUGAUUCUGAGAAUAUGACAAAACCAGAUGAUGAACUGGCACAGGAACUUUCUGAAGAUGACAUUGUGGAUAGUGAUGACAUUUUGACACAACAGAACAUUUUGCAGAAAGAAAACCCUAGCACAGGAUAUCCAGAGAAGGAACAACAGUCAUGUUCCGAGACAGGGAUAGAGUUAGAUAUGGAACACAUAGAACCACACAGAGAGCAGGAGGUUAAAUAUCUGGACAGCACAGCCAUUGAUGUAGAGAAGUCAUCUCUUGAGGAGAGACUAAAUGCUAAGGAAAACGACCAUAUCGUUUUAAAUUCAGUUGAGAAUUUAACUAAAGAUGAAGAAUGGACAGAGGAAGUGGGAGACUGUAUACAAAUGGACAAUCCAGCAGAUCAAGGUUCAAGCAAGUCUAGACAAGAACACGUGCUUGAUGUUCAACAAGGAGAGGAUCUGGCAAAUUGUCACAUGGCAAUAAAAGAAGAAACUCCCGAGGAUCAUAAAAUUAACCCUGAAGACUCUUUUGGUGAAGAUAACCUAGAAAGUGCUAUGCUUCCAAAAAUGUCUAGUGCUACUGCUACAGUCAAAAUUAUACUGGCUCCUGAUGGUGAUGUGGUUACAUUGGCAUUUUCGAUUAGCUUUUCCAUAAGAGACUUGAAAAAUUACUUUGCUUCACAGCUGAAGAUACCUGAAACAAUAAUUCAGAUAAUGUUUGAGGGGCAUGUGGUAAAUGAUCAAGAGACUUUGGUGGAUCUUGGAGUCACACCUCAUGGAACCAUUCAACUUGAUAUGAUUUCUUUGGAUCCAGAAACAUUUCCAGUCAAAGCAUUAAAACUUCAGCAUGACAACAACAUGCCAGAUGUUAUAACUGUCAGGGCGCAAACAGGUGAAGGAUCGUAUAGAGAUUUGGUGGUGGAAAUUGAAAGGUUAAAUUACCGUAAACCAUAUCUUGGUGGAUAUCGGCAUAAAGCAACUGGAGUGGUGUUUCACCAUGCUGGGACACAGACAGUACCAAAAAAGAGGCCAGAUAGAGGCGUGGUUGUGUUUUGUAGAGAAACACAGACUGUACAGCACAAGAACAAGACCCAGCAGUCUAGGAAUACAAUGUCGACACAGAUGACAAAGAUUGGUUGUUAUGUAUCAAAUGUAACAGAUAAAUUAAUUACACCAAAGAGAUACACGACAGCUGAAGAACUUCAUGCUCAACAACUUAAAGCAAUUAUAGUUAUUCAGACAUACUUUCGACGUUUUCAUGCCAGAAAAGUUGUGCAGCAACUUAGGGAGGAAAAAAACCUUAGGCUUGAAUGGGAAGGAAAGGAAGAUUUAAGGAAAAAAAAAGAAAAGGAGGAUCAGUUGAGAAGAGAUUAUGAACGUCGGAUGAAUCCAAAAACAAAAGAUGAUUUUGACCUUCUGUAUCAUGCCCUUGAAUCCUGGAGAAAAGAAGAAUUGGAGUGCAUUAACCAAACAUACACUGGAGCUGAAAGGAAAGCAGCUCUCUGUGCACUUCUAGAGCAGGAAACACAGUUAAUAGCCUCUAUUGGCAGACAUAAGAUAAAUGCCAAUGAAGAAAACCAGCAAGAAGCCAUACAGGUCCUCUUGAAUAAGUGUUCCGAACCAAAAAGGUGGAAAGCAUUUGAUGGGAAAGUGACUGAAAUGGAUACUCAGUACACAAUACGUGCAAGACAACUUCGUGAUAUCUAUACCAGCAUUAACACCCCAUAUUAUAACACAGAUGAAAGACUGGAUGUGCUUUUGACACUUAAACUUACAGUGAAGGAGCAUGACUGUAAACUAACCCAAGAGAUUGUUGAGCUUAUUGACAGAGAAGCUGAUCUAUUAAUGCGCGGGGUACAAAACUGCAACUUAGAAGGGCUGAGGAAAAGGAUAUCAACACUCUUUCUGCAAUACAUAAAAAUUCCGACUUUUAAUCCUGAGGUUGCCAGACUGCUCAAGGUCCCUGAGGACCCUUCAGCCCUGCGCAAAAACAUAUACUUCUGCCCCAGUUGCAAAAACUAUUUGCCAUCCACUGAGUUUUCCCUUUCGUCCAUUGCGCGUACUGUGGGACGGUGUCGCAAAUGUUCUAAAUUAGACAAUGAAGCCAGAGACAGAGAAGAAUUUUCUAAAUAUAAAACAUUAUUGAAACAACUUAAACAAUCUGAAGCAGAAUAUGGUGAUGGAAGUAGAAUUGCAUUUUUGCUUCAGCAACAAGACCUGAAGUAUUUAGUUGAGAAUAUCUGGGCUGCACACUCAGUACUCAGUGCUUGUGACGACCUCAAUGAUUUGGUUGUGGUAAGGUGGGAUAAGUACUUUGAAUGGUCUCCUUGGAAUUGCAUUCUGCUUACAAAAGAUGAAGCAGCCGCUCAUCUAAAACUUACCAAUGCUGAAAAGGCUUAUGGAGUUGUUUUUAUUCGCAAGAUCAAACACAGGCACACCCUUGCCAAGAACUAUUUUGCUCAGAUUCCAGAGAUGGCACCAUUUCUGAAUGCAGAGAAGUCUAAUCAAAAUCCUACAAAAAACUUUCUUAAUUAAUCAAACAAUGAAUUAAACAAUUUCACACUU